AGGAGGGCACAAAAAACUAGAAAUGAAGUAAAUGGAGAAAUCGUCUGGUUGGAAAAGAAAAACAAAAAAGGCAAAUCAACAAAUAUAUAAAAGAAGAAUUCAAUAAAAAAAAAACAAUAACCACAACGAAUGCCCCAACAAAGUGAAAUAAAAAUGAUGGUAGAGCUAAAUAUGCAUGCUAUCAAAUAGACAGCGAAAUGGUGAUCAUAAGUAAAAAUAUGCAAAAGUUUAGUGUGUCGAUAGAAAAGUACAAUAUACUGUGUGUACACAAUAAAAUAUAAUUAAUCACUACAAUUAAGUCCUGAAGUUAAACUCAUAACAAUCCAUGGGUUUAAGUGAAAAUAUAUAUGUAUAUAUAAUAAGAAUUUGUACAGGCUUAAGCAAAACAAAUGUGUUAAAGUGUGUUAAAUUAUACUUAUGGUGAAAUAUGAAAAAGAAAACGGUGUACAUGAAUUUCAUUUGUUGGAAAAGUGUGUGCAUAAUAAACUACGACCUGGACACCAGCUGAGUGGGCGCAAAUAAGUGCGUAUUUCACCAUUAAACGUUCCGCAUUUGCUCAACGCUUUAUUGAAAAUUUUAAAAGUAAGCAUUUCAAGAUGUCGUAAUUAAGUAAGAAAUGGAAGCAGCAUCAGAAUUUAAUAAUUAAUCCGACAACAAUUAGUUUAACAACUUUGUAAAAUAGAUUUGUAUAAUAACGCAACAGUUACAACCAUAUUACUCUUAAUACCCAACAGUGCACAAUAAGAAUUACACUACCAAAAAAAAAAUAAAAAAAAAAACAAAAACAAAAAAAAACGAUAAAAAAAUCAAAAACAAAAACCUAAUUAUAAUUACUCUAACAAGUACGUUAAGAAGAAAAAAUGACCGAGAAAGAAAUGCAAGCACACGAUAUGGUGAGGCGGCGCAACUGGUCGCGUGCCGUUUCGCUCUACGACCAAAUCUUAGAGCAAAUCACUGCAGCUGUUACCGCCACCACUAUUGUCUCCGCCAACAGUAAUAACGCCGCCAAUAGCAAUACGACAGCAUUGGCGCGUUCGCAAAAAGAUCGACAAAUCGCUUGCCUUUUGGGCCGCUGCGAAUGCAUGCUGGAACUGAGCCGCUAUGAGCAGUGCCUUGCCGAUGCGCGUAAAGUGCUGGCGUUGCUUGCCGAUCAGUCGGCGGAUUGUCUGGCGAGUGUAUCACGUGCGCGCCGUUGGCUCGUGCAUGCGCUUUGUAAGCUGAAAAAAUAUACUGAAGCUGAGCAGCUGCUGCGCGAGUGGAUUGGCGAGCUGAAUGGUCAUCAAAGUUUUUUAGACAUUUCCAAAACAUUGGAACGUUACAAAUCCAUCAUACAAAUGAUAAAUGGGCACAAGUCCACACAGAAGAUCUCACAGUCACGGCUUGAAGACGAAAUGUCCAUAUUGGACACCAAACUCGACCAUUGGGCUACCAAUAAUCUGCCGUUGGACAAAUACAGCAAAUUGCUGAGUAACAAGGGACUGAAAAAGACACGUGAAGGCGUCAGCGAACGUGGUGGUGGUGGUGGCGAUGGACGCGGUAAUAGCAACAAUAGCGCUUGCAAUAAUAUUGGCCCUGGCCAGCAUAAUGGCUCUAUUGGUAGUGGUGGUGGCAGCAGUAGUAUAAGUAGCAGUAGCAGUAGUGGAAGUGGCAGUUCCACAACAAUAUUGCAAAAGACAACCGAUUUGUUGGCCGCGAUUAAAGUGACGGGCGGCAAGCAUGGCAUAACAACUGCUGGAGGCGCCGUCGACGAUAAUGACAAUGCCACCUACUGUUCCUACUGUGCUAUUAGUUUUGAGACACGUAACGAGUUGCGACAACAUUGCCAGACGGAAAGUCAUCAAAAUGUUAUUAUGUCGUAUGAGGGACGCGACUGGAAGUGGCGGCCACCACCUCGCGGCUUCACUUUGGACUCUUACACGCUGUGCGAGGCAUACCAGGAAUCACAGACAUGCCACUAUGGCAAUCAAUGCGUGGAGGCACACGGUCCCGACGAGCUAAACGAGUGGAAAGAACGUUUCGAAUACCGUCGCAUGCGUCUGCAAAAGGCCAGCGAAAAAGAGCUCUACGGCAAAUCAUACACCGAGCAAAUAUUAGAUCGUUGGAUACAAGCGACCGCGCCCGAACGCAUAAUGUGCGAAAAAGUGGACGGCGUUGAAGUGCGUUGCGAGCAGGAGCUAGUAACGAGCAUCAGUUCGAAGAGCUCGAAACGUGAGUGGAUUUUCGUGCUGAAGUCGUCGCGUGUGUUGCGUGCAGUUGCAUUGUUGCAAGAUGCGCAUCGCAAUCACUAUGCCAUCACCGGCAUUAAAGUGGAUGGCGCAGCGCCCGUUUACGAUCUUAAAUCCAAUCAAGAAUGGGUCUCAAACACUUACAAGGCGUCAUCAAUAGAAAAAGAUGCAACGAAGCCGCCAACAAGCGAGUUCAACGAUACAACGCUGUCUUCAGCGCUUGCGAAUCUCUCAACCGAUGCGCAAACUCCAAUGUUAGAGCAUAAAGUGACCAUAGAAUUCCACACAGACAUCUAUGGCACAUUCCGACAAACGGUAUGCUUCGAUUUGGGCGCCGAACCGUUGCUGGUGCAGCAGCUUUGUGUCGACGUGGUGCCUGUGGGUGAUGCUGAGCGCAUUGAGGAGAUCAAACGCGACAUUAUUAACAGUUCGGUGACGCGUUGGGAUGUUUCCAAUACGAAUUUAGUGAAAUUCGAGACAACCAUUGGUACACACCUGAAGACUGAAGCCUAUCUGAAUGAUUUGAAGCAUGAAAAAGAGAUGCUCGAACGUUAUCCUUGCCCACGUGCGCAAACCUUUACGCUAACACAAUCGACAAUUGUUGAAAAACGUCUGACGCAACAUAACUACCGUUCGCGCAUACACGAACUGUUGUAUGUGGAGGAGAUAGCACGUUACGAGCAAAUCGCACGCUACAAUGUGCGCACCAAAUUGACUGUAACCUCAAACUAUAUACUGACACCAGCUGGUAUGGCCACCAGUACGGCGAAAUUCUCGUUGACGGGCGAAUUAUUCGCGCUAAUGCGUCUCGGGAAAGACAUUUCCGAAGACACUUCGGCUGGUCGUUUAAUACUUUCGAAUUGCUCGAGCGUUUACAUUAGCGCACCGGACGAAUUGCAUGCGUUAAAGGAACGCAAACGUAAUGUCUACGAAGCGACCAUUGAGGAUAAGGGCAAAAAUGUAAUUUAUCUCAAAUUAUCUGCCAAAUGUGUGGACGGCAUGUCCUUGAAGGCUGAUACCGAAAUCGAGGUCGACAUACAAUUCCAAUUGAAUCGUUUGCCCUACUGUGAAUGGCAUAAUGCAGUUGAUAAAAUAACCGAUUUCAAAAUCAUAUUUCCUGCCACCGAAAUCGAACCGAACAUCCCAUGGACACCGAAAAAACAAUGGUCCGACGCAUGUGAACCGAAGCUGAAUGCGAAGCAACGCGAAGCGGUAAAUGCGAUCACCACAUCACUGGGCAUCAAAUUACCGCCUAUUUUGUUGAUUGGUCCUUUCGGUACGGGUAAAACAUAUACGCUGGCGCAAGCAAUCAAACAGCUCUUAACGCAGCCUGAAGCGAAGAUUCUCAUUUGUACACAUUCGAAUUCUGCGGCUGAUUUGUAUAUCAAGGAGUAUCUACAUCCAUGGAUUGAGCAGGGUCUGGAGGAGGCCACACCAUUGCGUGUCUACUACCACAAACGUUGGGUGGCCACGGUGAACAGCGUAGUGCAGAAGUACUGCAUAACGGACGGCGCUGGAAAUUUCCGUCGACCCACCGUCGAGGACAUCAAAAAACAUCGAAUUGUGGUGGUUACACUAAGUAUAUCCAUGGAAUUGGCCAAUCUGGGUCUACCCAAAGGUUACUUCACACACAUCUUUCUUGACGAAGCCGCACAGGCUAUGGAAUGUGAGGCGAUAAUGCCGCUGGCGCUCGCCAAUGACAGCACGCGCAUUGUACUGGCCGGUGAUCACAUGCAAAUGAGUCCCGAACUCUUCUCCGCCUUUGCAAAGGAACGUAAAUUACACAUUUCGUUGCUGGAACGACUGUACGAUCAUUAUCCUUCGAAUUUCCCGUGUAAAAUAUUGCUGUGUGAAAACUAUCGCGCACACGAGGCGAUCAUCAAAUUUACAUCGGAAUUAUUUUAUGAGCAAAAAUUAAUUGCUUCCGGCAAGCAACCGCGACACGAACGUUUCUAUCCGCUCACAUUUUUCACCACACGUGGUGAAGAUGUGCAGGAUAAGAAUUCAACGGCGUUUUACAACAAUGCCGAGGUGUACGAGGUGGUGGAACGAGUUUCGGAGUUACGACGCAAGUGGCCCGUUGCUUGGGGUAAAGUGAAUGAUGCCAGCAUCGGCAUAAUGACACCCUAUGCCGAUCAAGUGUUUCGCAUACGUUCGGAGUUACGCAAGCGCCGCAUGGGUGGCAUCUCAGUGGAACGUGUGCUGAAUGUGCAGGGCAAACAAUUUCGCGCUGUCUUCCUCUCCACUGUGCGAACGCGCGCCACUUGCUUGCCACAAAUGAUCAACGCUAUGAUGGGACAGGGUAUGCACCCGGGAAUGGGCGGUAUGGGCGCAUUGCCCGCGGAGGAUGCCGAUUAUGGUUUCUUGAGUAACUCCAAGCUCUUGAAUACAGCGAUUACACGCGCACAGAGCUUGGUCGCUGUUGUCGGUGAUCCAGUGGCGCUCUGUUCCAUAGGACGUUGUCGCAAGGUGUGGGAGCGCUUCAUCGAAAUAUGUGAUGAGAACAAGUCCUUAUUCGGCAUAACAUGGUCGUACUUGCGUUCGCAAUUGGACGGUGUGGAGCUGAAGCGCGGCUAUGUGUUAAAUCCAUUGGCUCCCGAAUUCAUACCGCGCGCCAUGCAACCGGAAGCGUAUUUGCGCGAUCAAACAGCCAUGUACUUGAUGGGCGCCGCCGCCGCCAAUGUUAGCAAUCACCACGGUGGGCCGCAUCCCGGCGCGGGACCACAUCAUGCAGGCGGACCAUUGCCACCGCACGCCGCGGGCAUGUUGGCUGCGGCUGCCGCUGUUGGAGGCGGCGGUGGUCCAGGCGGUGCUCAAAUGCAACCACAUCAUGCCGCCAUGGCUGCCGCGGCCACACAUCAACAACAAGUACAAAUGCAGAUGGCCGCUUACAAUGCCGCCGCCGCAGCUGCGGCUAUGAUGAAUCAGAGCAUGGUGUCGGGCAAAGGCGGCGCUGGUGGGCAUCACUUCCCUGGCCCCACACACGGGCCAAAUCACAUGAAUAUGCGCGCGUUAGGACCACAUCAGCCGGGUGGACCGCAGCAACAGCCAGGACCACCACCACCGGGACCGCUGGGACAACAAUACAACAUGCGUGGACCACCGCCGCCACCUUCCGCUGUACAUUUGAAUCAGCCACCGCCGCCAGGCACAGGCGGCGCGCCAUCGCAAUUUGCCGCGCAGUACAUGCCAUGGCAACAAGCGCAACAGCAACUGCGUGGUGGACCACCUGGCAGCGGUGCUGGCGGCAACUAUCCACCACCCGGCGCACAGGGACCACAAUCGCAGAACCCGAACGCCAGCCUGUGGGGACCACCGCCGCAAUCGAAUCCAUGGAGCGCACUGCCGAAUAAGCAACAGCAAAUGCCACCGCAACCGCCACCGAACAGUGUGAGCGGCGGCGGUGGCGUAAGGCAAAUGGGUCCGCCGCCACCAAACGCGCAACAACAACAAACGGCGGCGGGUAUGCGUGGUGGGAGUGUACCGCUACAGCCACCGCCGCCGAAUGCGCAACAGCUGCGCGCGAACUCCAAUGAUAUGGGUUACUUGGCGAAGAAGGCUUACGGGCCACAUGCCGCGCCAGGUGGACCACAACAACAGCCGCCACUGCCACAUGGCACCUUUGGCGCGUACGUCGGCAAUAAUGCACCGCCGCCACCGCCCAGUCAACUGCAGUUGUUGAACCAACGUAAUUUGGGUGGUGGCAUGCCGAACGGACCAAUCAGUCCACUCGAUCCGUAUAUGCAACGCGGUCAGGGCGGCGCCGGACAAGCGGGCGCACCGCCAUCAGCUAACAACUUUUUUGGUGGUGCCGGCGGUGGUGUGAAUAACAUCUCAGCGCUGGGCAAGGACAACAAGGACUUUCAGUUUCUCAAUAAUGUGCAUAUGCCGCCGUUGAAUUUAGGUGGUGGCGGUGGAGGAGGCAACAAUGGUGGCGCGAAUAAUCUCUUUCAGCCACCGGGCGCGCUGCAACCGCCAACACCAGGCAACAACAAACAACAAUCGCCGUCAGCGCAACGUUUUCCACAGCCGCAAGAGUAUGCCGCACUACUGCCACCCAAUAUGAGCAUCUAUGACAUGGCCUUCGAGCCGAAGGACUCGCAGUACAAGUGGUGCAUAAAGCUGCUUGAGACGCACGGUCAAGAGGCGGUGAACAAAUUCACCGAAGGACUCGGACAAGUGCUUAAUAUGCUGAAUCAGCAACAACAGCAGCAGCAGCAACAGCAACAUGCCCAACAGAUGAAUGCGCGUGGUCCACAAAUGCAACCGCCACCACCGCCGCCGCACCUCAACAUAAAUCAAUUGCUGCCGCGCGAUCUCAUGCAGCAAUAUAUGCUGCCCGCUUUGAUGGGCGGCAACGCCGGUGUGGGACCGCAACCACCAAUGCAGCAGCAACAACAGCAGCAGCAGCAGCGCAACAGCUUGAUAGGCGGCGGCAUGCAUCACUCCUAUCCGAUGAAUCCCUUGGCAGCCUUGGGUAAUCAGCAGGGACCACAGCAGCCGCCACCACCACCAUCGCUAUUGCCACCGCCCACAGACGAGACACCGCCACUGGAUGGCAUCAACUUUAACCAACAAAUCGAUUUGGCUUUCAAUACAUUGCUGAAUGGCAGCAAUGCUCAGCCAAUAUUGCGCAAUCUCUUCAGCAAUACGGGCAACCGUGGCGGCAACAGUAACAAUCUAAUGAAUGGUGGUGACUUUCUGCUUGCGUCCAACACUUCAGCUUCGUCUUUAGUCAGCACGAACACAUCGGCGUCCGGUGGUUUAGGCGGCCAUGAAGCGGUACCGCCGCAACAGCAAAUGAAAUUGUUCCCAGGCUUAGGUGGAGGUGGUGGCGCCGGCGGUGGUGAUUUGGGUGGUGGAAAUAUUUUAGUUUCCGCUUUGCAGCAGCCGCUAUUGAAUAACAUGCAAAAGGGUCCAAUGUUCGCGCCCAUGCAACAUCAGCAGCAACAACAACCACAGCAUAUGCUGGGUCAGCCGCCGUCACAGCAGCAGCAGCCACCGGUGGGUGGCAGUUUCUUGGGAGGAAAUUCCUUAUUGAACAGCAAGGAUUACUUGCUCGGCGGCGAUGACAGCAUACUCAGUGGCGGCUCGAGCGUACCGCUCUAUCGACGUCAGGCCAUGGGUAACGGCAGUUUGAACAACAGUUUGAGCAACAGCAUCAGCGGCGGCAGUCAAAACCACAGCCACAGCAGCAAUCACAACAACAGCUACAACAGUGUGGGCGCACAUACGACGACAGGCGGCGGUAGUAAUACCAGUGGACAUCUCUUGCCACCGCCUGACAACAUACUCACAGGUGGCACCACUGACAUAUUGGCCGGUUUGAAUACGAGCGCAAGCAACCUAAUCGAAGCGCUAUUCCAAACGAAUGCAACAACAAGUUCGGCACCAACCACUUCAAUGCCCAAUAAUACAAUUACAACGACCACUGGUUUGGAACAACAACACCCACCACAACCGACACAACAACAACAACAAAAUGCAGGUGGCAAUAGCAACACUAGUUCGUUUCAGAAGAUGUUUAACAAUUAUGACAUUUACGGCUCCUCGGCAGCGACAGCAAAAAAAUACGAACUGGAUUUGUUUAUGCGCGACCAUCAAAUGGGUACAGGUGGUGGUGGUGGCAAUGUGGGUGGCGGCGCUAAUGAUGCAACGCUUACGAAUAAUCAUCAGGCGCAUUACCACAACAACAACGCCGAUAGUCGCAACAACACCACAUACGCGGCUGUGCUUAGUCAAGGACAACAUCAUCAGCAACAACAACAACAACAGCAGCAGCAGCAACAACAUCAACAGCAACAACAACACCAUCAACAGCAACAGCAGCAUCAUCAUCAGCAACAACAACAGCAACAUCACGCCAUGCAGCAACAACAACAACACAAUAAUUUCCAUCAUCAUCAUCCAACCGGCGGCCAUCACGUCGAGCCGCCUACAAGCGCUGCACCGGGUAGCGGUGUUGGUGUUGCCGGCGCCGGCAGUGGUAAUGCCACUGCUGGUGGUGGUGGUGUUGAAGUGGAGAAGGACCUCUUUGCCGCCAUACGUGAGUUGGGUCAAGGCACAAAUGGAUUCUAUAAUUAUUUCCAAUAAGUUUUGCUGCCGUCAAUGACUUCGGUUACAUUUCGAUAUGUGCUAGUGGUAGUAGUGUGGUGAAUUUCUUAUAUACGCAUGGUUUUUGUGUGGUUUGUGACUUGUUUUUGUGUGCAAAGUUAACGCCGUAAGCGUUGCAUACGUUGCACAGCAUAGACGACGACGACGAGGUAAUGAUGAUGUAAUAGUGUUGUGGGCGCGUUGUGCCAAAAAUAAGCGCCGGCAGUCAGUGCGUGCGUUGUAUGGUUUAAAAAUAUACAUUUUUGCCGUGCUCUAGUGCUUGGUUGGUGACAAUUAAACGCAGAAUGUGCAGUUAUAUUUAACGUUAAUGAGGUAUUGUGCUUAUUUUGGCUUGUGGUACACGCAGCAACUGCCAACUUAGCUGUCAACCAAAAGUAGCUGACUUUAAAUACUUUUGAAUGUGGCAUGUUAAAUUAUUGUUUUUGCGGCGCAAUAGUGGUAAAUUUUGUGGUAAAACACACAUAAGUGAUUUUGGUAUUCUAUUAGGAAUACUUAUUUUUUUCGAAAUUUGUAAAAUUUAAGUGCGUAAAUAAUAUUCUCGGCAUCUCCUAAAAAAUUUAAAAUGAUUUUACACAUUUUAAGCGUCAUUCAUACGAAAUGCCUGUACCUAACCUCAAAAUAUUUCGCUUAAUCGCCAAUAUAAAGUGCUUACAACCUUGAUUAUAAUUUUAAAAGCACAUCUAUUAGACGUAAUAUGCAUUUCAGUUGCUAUUUCUGCCAAAUUACCAAUUUAUGUUUACCUAACCUCAAAAAAAAAUUUUUUUAACUCAUGCAUUUUUUAAAUAUUUAAAUAUUUUUAAACCUCGAAUAUCCCUAUAAUUUGUGAAUUAUCAAAUUUUAUGCAAAUGGUUUGGCUUUUUCGCACUUUUACGCAAUUUUUUUGAAAGAAAUUUAGGUAUUAUUUUCUAAAAAUUUUCUAAAUUACUUCCGGCUACUUGCCCCACCUUAUCAGCAUGCCUCAUAACCUCAUUUGCAGAAAAAAUGGUCCUCAUUUCAUUUUUUUUGUGUUUUUUUUUAUAUUCAUGCUACUCAAGCCAUCACCACCCUCACAGUCUUCAAUAUUUGCUUGCCGCAUGCCAAGCUCAUUGUCUUCCCGCCUUUUCACACCAAUUUUGCUAUAAUUAUUGUAUAUGUAAUUUUUUUUAUUAUUAUUAAUUUUAAGUUUAGUUUGUCGCGUUUUUUGAAGAACGCGAGUAUUAAGUUAUGCAUUAAUUUAAUUUAAUUGUAAAGAAAGCCAAUAUUAGCAUAGGAAGCGUGAAAUUGUUUGGAAGACAGACUUUUUUUUUUUUUUUUUUUUGAAUGAUUCGAGUUUUUUUUUUAAGUACAUUUUGUAAGUAACUGUACGUUCAUGCAUAGUACUGUUAGCGCUGUGGCGCAGCACUGGAGACACCACUUACGAGCAACGCACUGACGCCUUUGCCGCUUAACAAGGCACGCGCGCGCCCAAAUUUUUUGCAUAUAAAUAUAUAAAUAAUAAUGCCUAGUUUAUAGUUUAAAAUAUUACAUAUUAUAAAUAUAAAUAUAUAUAUAUACAUUAUAUACUUGAAUGAAUAAUAAUAAUAACAACAAAGAAAAGAAUUAAAAAAAAACUGAGUAAAUAUUGAAAGAAAAAAAUUAAAUUGUAGCAAAAAGCAUGCAAAUUCUUGCGGAGCGGAGCAUUUCGAAUCGCAGUGAAGAAGAAAGUUUAACGUAGGCUCUGUAGCCUUCUACGCAGCACGCUCCAUUUGAGUUUGUCUACGGCAGUGCAUGUUGACU